AUGUUAUCCAACGAUCGCCAACAUUUUGUAAAACUUGUUAGAAAUCCAUAAAUAAAUGCAAUUUAAUAGUUAACAUAAUUAGUUACUCGAGCUAGCAGAACCAAGAGUACUUUGUAACCCUCCACCAAAAGAGUAGCUGAAGUAUAAAAAUGCGAAAAGGCUGAUAAAUAAGAAAAAGUAAUACACACAACAAGAGAAAUCAAUUCACAACAAUCCAUGAGGAAUUACUUUGAUAACUCCAUUUAAAAAAACAAUAAAGAAAAUUUACCAUCCAAAAAGCUUUUAUAUUAAGAAAAUCGAUCACAAACACCCAUGGCUUAAAAGAGCCCAAUUUCUAUCAAUACUCGAGGAAGGGGAUCUGUUAGUCCUUUAAGAUGCAUUCCAUAAAAUCUAACAUCUAAAAGUUCUAACAAAUCAGCUUUGAAGUAAUCUGAAGACCCUCAAAUUAUGGAUAUGGUUGAUAAUCUAAAAUAAAACAUUUUAAGAGAUCUACAAGAAGUAACUAAGAGAUAUCAAUCUAAUAAUCCGAAACCCAUAGAAAUGCUCCAAAAAUAAAACGAAAAAAUUAAGCAUUUAUUAGAUUAUAAGGAACCUUAGUUAAAAGUGCCUUAUUUUGACUACUCUAGUCAAAAGAGCAUAAAACAUCCAGAGAUAUUCAAUAAGGAAGAGAACUCAUAGAAUAAAUAACAAUUUUUAGAAUAAUAGUCUUUGAUUUUAUAGCAACAGUUGGAAAUUAUAAAAUAGUAAUAAGAAGCUUUAAGAUAUUAAUAACUAUCAGUUUUGAAUAGCAAAUCAAAUUUAAGUAGUUUUUAUAAUCAAAUGCGUAAGUAACAGAAUGAGAGUAUUGAAGAUAUCUACGCUAAAUCUCAAUUCACAAUCAGCAACUUAUCAUCAAUUAUACCAGUUGAAGUAUCGGCGAAUUAAAAUAAGAAAAUUAAUGUCUCUUUUGAAAGCAGCAUGGAACAAAAUCCCAUUAAUCUAUAAUUAGAAAUAAUAUAAGCAAAUGAUUGUAGAACAACAUUUGGUCCUUCUUAAUUGGAAUCUUUUAUAAAAUCACCAACAUAAGUGGAACCACAGUUGUUUAGUGAAUAAUAAAUUAUGAAAGAAACUGUUAAAUAUGUUCAAUUAGAUAAUAGUUAAGGAAAAGUAUCAUCAGCCAAAAGAUAUAGCAAUGAUGAUUAAGAAGUAGUUAAAUAAUAGGAACUUAUUGAGUAAGUGCCUCCUCCUUCAGCUUUCUCUAAUAAGUCUAAUAGAUAUGACUAAUUGAUGUAAAACUUUUAAAGUCUACGAAAAUUAAGUCGAGAGCCUAGUUUUGUAAUAGAAACAAAAAAGUCAGUUCAGAUGAAUGAUCUAAACCAUAUAAGCGAUUUCGCUAUUAUGGGUAGUCAAAGAGAGAGUAUCGCAUUAUGUCAGACAAAAUUAAUUACUUUCUAAGAAGUAAAUAAUAGUCAAGAAGAAUGUGUAUAAUCUCCUACCUCGAUUUUAGGUAAGCAAUAAAUUUUAACUUUUGAAUAAGAGCUAGAAUAAAAGUCUCUUUAUUCAAAUUAAUCCUAAUAUGAUUAAAGAUCCAUAUAAUAGUUACUAUAAAAAUCUAGUUUAACCUAAUAAUAGGCUUCUUCCUUUUAAAAAUAAUCUAUAUCAAUAUAACAAAGUACAGAAUAAACUAACAGAAUACUUGAGAGUAUUAGAUCUAACGAAAGUUUAAAAUAAAGAACAGCAAGCUUUACUGAAUUUUUAAAAGUAAAGGAUGAUUUACCAAUCAAAAUAACAAAUGCCUAAAAAUUAUCCAUAAGGCCUGGAAUAAGCUUCCUUUAGUAUAAACAAUAAAAUAAAUACUGA